AAAGAGUGACGCGCGUGCGGCAUCCUUAACUCCGGUUUCAAUCAUCGUUUCCUGGCUCGCCGAAGCGGAGACCAAAAAAUCAUGUCCGCAACCUGAAAAAAAAAAAAAAAAUUCAAAAGAACACCGAACUUUUAAUCAAAUUUCACUGUCGACGGUACGCAGAAAGAGGAAGGGAAAGGAAGAGAAGCAACCACAAUGGGAGAAGGAAGAGAAGGAGACUGGGAGUGCAGUGGGUGCAAGAACAGGAACUACGCCUUUAGAUCCUUCUGCAAUAGAUGCAAGCAGCCUCGUCUUCUCGUCGACACCAAAACCCCUGCUGAUUCCAAAUGGCUUCCUCGCAUAGGCGAUUGGAUCUGCACCGGUUGCACUAACAACAAUUAUGCAUCAAGAGAAAAGUGCAAAAAAUGUGGUCAACCAAAGGAGGUAGCAGCAAUGCCAGCAAUUGCAAUGCCUGGAGCUUCUCUCCCAACUUAUUCACAUUAUUUUGCCAGGGCCCCAGGAGGACUGGAACAAAAGAUGAAUAUUGGAUUUGCUAGCAAUGGUGCUCUCCAGCAGCCACUUCCUUUUGCUUCAACCUGGUCUGCUGGAGGACCUGAUAAGUACGAAGUUCAGUCAGCUUCUACUUGGCCUUUAGGUGGAAACCAGAUUUCUGGACCUCCAUAUGCAAACCCCAUAAAUCAACCUCUUACAGUUCCAAAAGGAUGGCGAAAUGGUGAUUGGAUGUGUAAUUGUGGCUUCCAUAAUUACUCUUCACGUGCACAGUGUAAAAAUUGCAAUGCUUCUAUACCACCAGCACUUGGAACAAAGCGAUUGGCAUCUGAAGAUUUUACUCAGGACUGGGAGAACAAGAGACUGAAUUCAGGAAAUAAUAUGCAGACAAAUGGAGGACAUCAAACAUAUACAGGAUUCAACCAAAUGGUAGGGAACACUGGUGAUCCAAGACCAGGAUUGUAUGCUCCCUAUCCCAGUGUUAACUCAGGUGCAGCUCCAAAUUGGCAGGCACCAUUGCAAUUCCCACUUCAAGUAGCAACACCUGCACUCCUUGGAAAAGGAGCAAAGCAAUGGCGUAAUGGAGAUUGGAUGUGUACAAAUUGCAACAAUCAUAAUUAUGCAUCUCGAUCACAAUGCAAUAGGUGUAAGACACAGAGAGAUGCUGUUGUGCAGCCAGUGAAUGCAGUGUAGCUGUGAAUUGGAUGGCUUAGAUUGCUGUCGCUUCUAUUGCCCCUUGAAGUUCUCUUUCAUUUUUGCUGCAAUGUUUGGCCUUGAAAAGUGGAAGUCUUGAUGCAUCAUUCCAUUCUAUACAUUAGUCAUUGUAGAAAUUAGUGAUUGCUGAUAUUUGAAAAUUGAAAUACCAAAGAAUGUAUUGAAAGCUUGGUAGUUUUGCUUCUAUAGCAAGAGUGUCAGUGUGGAUGCCAUUCCUUUUUGAAAGCUUGUUUCGGUUACAGAAUUCUAGUGUUAAUUUGUGUAUUGAUUUACUUAUAGUUAAUCAUUGGACUAAUUUACAAGAAUUUAUUCCAGUUUUAUUGGAGUAUUCUGUUCA